CCUUGACUGUCACAAGCGAGGGAAUCCGCCCAGCCAAUGAAAGCGCGCAGGAAAUGGGAAGAAGCGCUCGACCCCGCCCCUUCCUACUGUGCGUUUGGAACCGUGCGCGACUCCGCGGAGGUGGGAUUGGAGCGCGUGAACCCAGAGCAAGCGGAGGAGCUGGGAAGAUGGGGGAGAGGGCGGGGACCCGGGUUUUCAAGAAAUCCAGCCCUAACUGCAAGCUCACCGUGUACCUUGGAAAGCGAGAUUUUGUCGAUCACCUGGAUCGGGUUGAUCCUGUGGAUGGCGUCGUCCUUGUGGAUACAGAUUAUCUGAAAGAUCGGAAAGUCUACGUCACGUUGACCUGUGCUUUCCGAUAUGGACGGGAGGACCUGGAUGUCCUGGGCUUGUCCUUUCGAAAGGAUCUUUUCAUUUCCACGUUCCAAGCUUACCCACCCCUCCCGGAGGAAAAGAAACCCCUCACCCGCCUGCAGGAGCGGCUGAUCAAGAAGCUGGGAGAACAAGCACACCCGUUCUACUUUACCAUUCCACAAAAUCUGCCGUGCUCAGUCACUUUGCAGCCAGGACCAGAGGACACAGGGAAGGCUUGUGGCGUGGACUAUGAAAUUCGUGCCUUCUGUGCCAGGAACAUGGAAGAAAAGAUGCAUAAAAGGAAUUCUGUACGAUUGGUUAUUAGAAAAGUGCAGUUUGCACCAGAGAAGCCCGGACCCCAGCCAGUGGCGGAGACAACGCGGCAUUUCCUGAUGUCUGACAGGUCUCUGCACCUAGAAGCGUCGUUAGAUAAAGAGCUCUAUUACCACGGAGAGGCAAUUAAUGUGAAUGUGCAUGUGACCAACAACUCCAGUAAGACUGUGAAGAGGGUGAAAGUGUCAGUCAGACAAUACGCAGACAUCUGCCUGUUCAGUACUGCGCAGUACAAGUGCCCGGUGGCUCAGAUCGAACUGGAUGAUCUGGUGGCCGCCAGUUCCACAUUCUGUAAAGUUUACACCCUGACCCCUCUGCUGUCCAAUAAUCGGGAGAAGAGGGGACUGGCUCUGGACGGAAAGCUGAAACACGAGGACACCAACCUUGCAUCCAGUACCAUUGUGAAGGAAGGCUCCAGCAAGGAGGUUUUGGGUAUUCUGGUGUCCUAUAGAGUCAAAGUAAAACUUGUAGUGUCGCGUGGGGGGGAUGUGGCUGUAGAGCUGCCCUUUGUCCUUAUGCAUCCAAAGCCACCAGAGAACAUCUCACGACCUUUGUCGGAAUACCCUCAGACAGAUGUGCCAGUUGAUACCAACUUGAUUGAGUUCGACACCAACUUUGCCCAGGAUGACGAUAUCGUGUUUGAGGAUUUUGCUCGCCUGCGACUCAAAGGGUUAAAGGACGACAAGGACGACGACGAGGCCUACUGCUAACCCCGCCCCCUGCCUGGGGGGAGUGGCCAUGCCGUCCCACUGAUAUACAUACAUUGUGAAAUAGCGACCAUUUUAUUGGCGGUGUAUGUAUAUUGACCUCCCCCCCAACACAAACACACACUGGUUUUAUCUGUGGGAAGGAUAGACUUUGUAUGUUUUUAUCGUAUCCAUAAACCAUCCUCCUGCGUA